AUGAUGAAAGGAUCUGGCCUUGAUUUGCAUGAUGCCUCCAUCCCGGUGGUAUAUGCGAUGAAUAUGAUGAAUAUGCAAUAUGGGAAUAGUAAAAGGCUUAUAAAUAAGGUGUAUUUGCGAACCAGGGUAAUUACUGAGAAUCUAUCAAGGAAUACCGAGGUGUUAGCCAUAGCAAUGUGGAAUAUCGGGACGCUUACGGACCUUGUUAAUCCAGGAGAUGUCCGAGAAGGCGUGACAUAUUGA